AUGAGCUUUGUUUGGAUGGAUUACGGUUCUGAAGAAGAAUCAGAUAUAAGUGAAUCCGAGAUUGAGGACUAUAAGGACAAACCACUAGAAGAUUUGAGAUCUGGGAAACUCAAAGUGAAGGUAAAUGGGUUCCUAAGAUGCCCUUUCUGUGCUGGUAAAAAGAAACAGGACUACAAGUACAAGGACCUGCUUCAACAUGCAACCGGAGUGUCAAGGGGUUCUGCCAGCAGGAGUGCAAUACAGAAGGCAAACCACCUUGCUUUGGCUAGAUAUCUGGAGAUUGAACUGGCUAACGAAGCAGAGCAAACUCCACGCCAGGUUGUGCCACAGCCCAUCAAGCCACGUCCAGAGGAUAAUGAGCUUUUUGUAUGGCCGUGGAUGGGAAUUGUUGUGAAUAUGGCAGAGCAGAGGGACAAUGACUAUUGGAUGAAGAAAUUUGCUGAGUAUAAACCCUUGGAUUUUUGUACCUUUUGGAAUGAAGAAGACCAUACCACACAGGCCAUAGUGAGAUUCAACCAUGAUUGGAAUGGGUUUAGAUAUGCAACACAAUUUGAACAAUCAUUUGAAUCUGCAAAUCACAGUAAAAAGGACUGGAAAGCAAGGAAAACACAACCUGGAUCAAGCAUUUAUGGCUGGCGCGCAUGCGCGGAUGAUCAUGAUUCUGGUGGGCCAAUAGGGGAGUACCUUCGCAGGGAAGGAAGAUUGACUACUAUUUCUGCCAUUGUUCAGGAAAUGAAUGAGAGCAGAAAUACUGUUGUGGCACACCUGGCUGAUAAAAUUGACAAGACAAAUGAAAAUCUGGAUAAGCUGAACUCCAAGUUCAAUGAGAAGAACAUGUCUUUAAGUAGGAUGCUUGAAGAGAAAGAAAAACUACAAUAUGCUUUUGUUGAAGAAACAAGGAAGAUGCAGCGACAUGCACGUGAAAAUGUUCAUAGAGUCUUGGCAGAGCAGGAAAAACUGAAUGAUGAGUUGGAGUCUAAGAAAAAAAACCUUGAUUUCCGGAGCAAAGAAUUGAACAAACGUGAAGCACUAACUGAGCGUGAGAGGCAAAAACUUGAUGAAGAGAAGAAAAAGAAUGAUGUGAAGAACAGUUCUCUCCAAUUGGCAUCCAUAGAGCAGAAAAGGGCUGAUGAGAAUGUCUUGAGACUGGUUGAAGAGCAAAAGAGGGAGAAAGAAGAGGCCUUGAAUAAGAUACUUCAGUUGGAAAAAGAGUUGGAUGCCAAACAGAAGUUGGAAAUGGAAAUUCAAGAGAUAAAAGGGAAACUACAGGUGAUGAAGCAUCUUGGUGAUCAAGAUGAUGCAGCAGUUCGAAACAAGAUGAAGGAAAUGAAUGAUGAGUUGGAAGAUAAAGUGGAAAAUUUGGCUGAUAUGACAUCUCUGAGUCAAGCUCUCAUCAUCAAAGAGCGCCAGAGCAAUGAUGAACUUCAGGAAGCGCGUAAAAUUUUAAAAGCGGGUUUGGGAGAUAUACUGGGUGCUCGCACUCUUAUUGUACUAAAACGAAUGGGAGAAAUUGAUGAGAAGCCCUUCCAUAAUGCAUGCAAGGAAAGAUUUCGUGAGGACCAUUUGUUACAUGCUUCCACUCUAUGCAGCUUGUGGCAGGAGAAGUUGAAGAAUCCAGAAUGGCAUCCAUUUAAAGUCAUUGAUGAGGAUGGGAAUACAAAGCAAAUACUAAAUGAAGAAGAUGAGGAGUUACGAAACCUCAAGCAAGAGUGGGGGGAGGAGAUAUACAUGGCAGUUGUUGCAGCUUUGAAAGAGCUGGAUGAGUAUAAUCCUAGUGGGAGAUAUGUGGUUUCAGAGCUCUGGAACUUAAAAGAAGGAAGGAAGGCCACAUUGAAAGAGAUGUAUGUUACUGAAAGAUCUGUUAACAUCGGACUCAUAUUCUCGAGCAAUUGUGAACUUCAGUUUUAUGAGAAGAAAAUGUUCCUGCCGAGUGCAGCUGAAUCUAUCGAAGAUUUGGUUUUAUGUUGGGUGGCUGAUAGAUUUUGUAAGGGUUUAGUGCUGUUCUUGAAUGGUGAUUCUAUUCAGAUUCGUGAGGUGUGGAAUGACAAUCUCGAAGAAGAAUUUGCGCUUAUCCGUGAAAUAGUUGACAAGUUCCCUUAUAUUGCCAUGGACACGGAGUUUCCUGGCAUUGUGUUGCGUCCGGUGGGUAAUUUUAAGAAUAGUAAUGACUAUCAUUACCAAACUUUGAAGGAUAAUGUGGAUAUGUUGAAGUUGAUUCAAUUGGGUCUUACCUUUUCAGAUGAACAAGGGAAUUUACCAACUUGUGGCUCAGAUCAGUACUGCAUUUGGCAGUUUAAUUUCCGUGAGUUCAAUGUGAACGAGGAUGUUUUUGCAAAUGAUUCGAUUGAGCUUUUGCGCCAGAGUGGGAUUGACUUUAAGAAGAACAAUGAAAACGGGAUUGAUGCUGUGAGAUUUGGUGAACUCUUAAUGUCAUCUGGGAUUGUGUUGAAUGAUAACGUGUACUGGGUGACUUUUCAUAGUGGUUAUGAUUUUGGGUACUUGCUUAAGCUGUUGACAUGCCAGAAUUUACCAGAUACUCAAGCAGGGUUCUUUAAUUUGAUCAACAUGUACUUUCCAACUCUUUAUGACAUCAAGCAUUUGAUGAAGUUUUGCAACAGUCUUCAUGGAGGGUUGAACAAGCUUGCAGAGUUGUUAGAAGUGAAGAGAGUUGGGAUAUGCCAUCAAGCAGGUUCUGAUAGUUUGCUUACAGCUUGUACAUUCAGGAAAUUGAAAGAGAAUUUCUUUAGUGGUUCCUUGGAAAAGUAUGCUGGUGUGUUGUACGGUUUAGAGUUUAUUGUUCAAGCACUUCCUAAAGAUGAUGUUGGCCCAGAGUUCAGAUCUGAGAGAACUGCACUUAAAUUCUUGAUGUCUUGUCGUGUUCUUUUUGCUCAGGCUCUGGGCAUGCCAGGAUUUCCUGAUAAGCUAUUAUCUGUUUUGAAAAAGAAGCAUGUUGUGCUAGCUUCUGUAAUGUAUGUUGGAAGGAGACAACAGAAAGGAGAUUCUAGCAUCAUCAACAAGUCAUGUCAGGCUAUUACAGUUUUUGUUAAGAGUGAAGAGGCUCCUGCUCCUGUUGAGACUCCUGCUCUGCCUCUUGAGGCCAUGGACUUGAUGACAGCAUUGCAGCUUGUUCUGAAAAAGUCUCUAGCCCAUGGUGGACUUGCCCGGGGCAUCCACGAAGGUGCUAAAGUGAUUGAGAAGCAUGCUGCCCAGCUCUGUGUAUUGGCAGAGGACUGCAACCAGCCAGACUAUAUCAAACUCGUCAAAGCACUCUGUGCUGACCAUGGUGUAGGCUUAUUAACAGUUCCCAGUGCUAAGACUCUUGGCGAGUGGGCUGGGUUAUGCAAGAUUGACUCUGAGGGCAAUGCCAGGAAGGUUGUUGGCUGCUCCUGUGUUGUUGUGAAGGAUUAUGGUGAGACAAGCGAAGGCUAUAAUGUUGUUCAGGAACACAUCAAGUCUCACUGA